CGCUGACAACGCUAAUUGGUAACCAACCUCCUCCUCCGUCCCCACCAGAAAUUAUAGCAUGGAUAUUGUAUAUUCCCGAAUGCAUACCCCGGGUGGGAACUCUCGGUUUUACCGGAUGACUAGGCAGGUCGAUGGGCCAAGUUUACCACAUGCCCUAAUGAAUUGUCGCGUUCGAUUAGCGGUUCAAAUAGUUGACACUUUUGACGUUGUUAAACAAAAAGGUAAGUAGCUAAGCAGUUGCAUCCUGCACAAUUAAUGCAUAACUUUCGCAUUCGAUCAGUGAAAAAUAAAUAAUACGUUGUCCAACUAUUUCAUGGUAUAUACCCAUUUUCUAUAUAUCUUAUUUAACCAAAAGAAAAAAGUACAUUUUCUAACAACUUUCAAAAAAGAGAAUACAUGUUUAUGGAACUAGUUUGUUUCUUGUUUUGUUUCUUAUAAUCCGUUAUUAUAUUGAUUAAAAUUUUUAUGAUGUUGAUAAAAGUUUUUUUUCUCGUGUUUGGAAAUAAUUUUGUUUUUUUAUUACCAUGUAUAGUUUCUUCGCUGGAAAUAGUUCACUUACAAACAACUGGAAACAUUUAUCUUGUGUCUUGGGAAACCAUAUGGAGAUAAGGCACUCAGAACUCAGCAGCUUUGUGUUGCGUUUUUAAUAGUCUUAUAAUGAAAAAAUUAUUUUAGAACAGAAACCGUAUUUAAUAAAAUUAAAAAUUCGUUUCAUUUCGUGGAAGGUCCCGCUUAGCUUAGUCUGACUGACAAAUGAAGAAAAAGCAGCACAGUGUAAAAAUAGUUUCUCCUUGCAGAGCAUUUUUCAGUUGGCGUGAUGAAAGCCCCUGAAUUGUUUUGAUUUCAUACGGCACUACUAAUUUUGCUUUGUUUGAGCUUUCCAUUGGCAUGGACGCGUGGAGUUUUGGCCAUUGUUUAUACGCAGCUCAGCUGAUACAAGCUGUUAGCUGCUAUUCGCGUCGUGUGUCCGAAAGGACUGGUCGUCACAGUGUGGACAAAACCCACAAAUCGUCCCUAUACCCAACACCAUGAGGACGUUGAUUUUGAACAAUCACAACACUUAUCGCGAUUUAGUGGCCGGAACCAAAUUUCACAGACUACCCACUGCAGGUCGUAUGCUCAAAAUGAUGUGGGACAGCGAUCUGGCUUACUUGGCGGAACUCCUGGUGAAGCGCUGCGAUCUCCACCCCACUGAUCACUGCAUAUCCACGGAGUUGUUUUCUGCCCCGGGCUACCAUGCGGUCUACAACAAGUUCAAGAAGAACGAGGAUGCUUUCAGGAUAGUUAGAUCCCAGCUGAAUAGCUGGUACGAUCAGUAUAAACACGUUUCUGCAGCCAGCCUACUAGAUGGGUUGUCCAAUAAUAAAUCGGAAAUUGGACACUUCCUGAGAAUGAUGGUGGGCCCCAGUAACCGUAUAGGCUGUGCCAUGGCCAGGCUCGAGAAAGAUGGGUGGAACCACCAAUGGCUCGGAUGCCUCUACAGCUGUUCACCAAAGAAAAACUCUCUACUCUACGAGUAUUCUAUCAAUCCCGGAAUGUUUUGCACCACCGGGGUUGAUGGCGAAUUUCAACAUCUUUGCAACGAAACGGAGCCUGUCGAAGAUUGCAAAAGUUCCGACCAAUUCAAGGUGGUCAUUACCAAUGACACUGCAUCCUAUAUAAGGAGCAUGAUGAAAGGAAAACCACAAUCCAGGAGUGUUCUGUGUGGUUUCUGUGCUCUCUGUUGCGAGUGGUGGGAUUGGGCAAAAGGCAGCUGGGGACUGGUUCAGAAAACCUGGGGUGUCAUUCAGGGUGGCAGCGGCGGUGCUGAAGAGGAAUGAAAUUUACCCUUUUUUUUUGCAUUUUACCAUUUAAAGGUAUUUGCCAAAAUUAAAAACCACAUGUGUAGAAUAAAAUAAUGGCAUAACCAAUUCUAAUGUUUUAUCCACACACUGAAGUAAGAAACUUUCAUUACACUUCCUUUUUAUUUCGCAUAUGAAUAUUAAUAUUGCAAGACAUUGCAAGACAUUGGAAUUGAACGAAUACUUAUUGGGGUCUGAAAGCAUGGGUUCAAUUUAAGGUUGAGGUAGUUUGAUUUGGAUGGCCGUUGUUAUUAAAGCAAUUAUAUAUAAAAUACUUUAAAUGUGGUUUGAUUAACUAUUUCUUAAAGAUAUGUCUUUAUAUAAUUAAUUC